CGCACGACAACACACCAACUGAAGUGGAAAGCGGCUCCUGUUCGGCUCCUUAUCCCAUUUCGGACGCUGCGUACAAGGCGGUACGACUCCAGACUGCUGCAGGACUGAACCAAGAGGAAGAAGUUAGGAAGACAGUCUCGCCUUUGGCUUGUGCGUUAAGUUUGUUUCUUUUUUGGCUCUUUAUGUCAGAGAAUUAGCGUCCAACUUUGUAGUGAAUAUAGCCGGAAAGGUGGAAAGCAACUAUUUUCGUUCGCCAUCUCGAUUACUAAAUUUAACUAAUGACGGCAGAGGUCCAGCAGCCCCCAGCGCAGACUCCUGCCCAGAGCACCCCGAUGUCUGCCCCGGAGAAGCCGCACGGACAGACGGCGGUGAUGGAGACCGCCUCCUCCACUACGAAAACCAAAAAGACAAACGCGGGGAUCCGCAGACCUGAGAAGCCCCCAUACUCGUACAUUGCUUUAAUAGUCAUGGCUAUCCAAAGCUCUCCUACCAAGCGCCUGACGCUCAGUGAAAUAUACCAGUUCCUGCAGAGCCGCUUCCCGUUCUUCAGGGGCUCAUACCAGGGAUGGAAGAACUCCGUGCGUCACAACUUGUCUCUGAACGAGUGCUUCAUCAAGCUGCCCAAGGGCCUCGGCCGGCCAGGGAAGGGCCACUACUGGACUAUCGACCCGGCUAGUGAGUUUAUGUUCGAGGAGGGCUCCUUCAGAAGGAGACCCCGGGGUUUCAGGCGCAAGUGCCAGGCGCUGAAGCCCAUGUACAGCAUGAUGAACGGCCUGGGAUUCAACCACAUCCCCGAGUCCUACAACUUCCAGGGGAGCGGCGGAGGCCUGUCCUGUCCGCCCAACAGCCUGUCUCUGGACAGUGGGAUUGGGAUGAUGAAUGGACACUUGGCAGGUAACAUGGAAGGGAUGGGUCUGUCCGGGCACACCAUGUCACACUUGUCGACCAACAGUGGACAUUCCUACAUGGGAAGUUGUACAGGAUCCACCGGGAGUGAUUAUCCCCACCAUGACAAUUCCGCCUCCCCUCUGCUGACCAGCGGGGGAGUCAUGGAGCCUCACCCCGUCUACUCGAGCUCAGCCUCGGCGUGGGCUCCGGCCCCCUCGGCCUCGCUCAAUAACGGGGCCUCCUACAUAAAGCAGCAGCCUCUGUCUCCUUGUAAUCCAGGAGCCAACUCGCUGCAGCCAAGCUUGCCCACACAUUCACUAGACCAGUCGUACCUGCACCAGAACGGCCACAGUACUACAGAUUUACAAGGUAUUCCUCGGUACCAUUCCCAGUCUCCGAGCAUGUGUGACCGAAAGGAGUUCGUGUUCUCGUUCAACGCCAUGACGUCCUCAGCGAUGCACUCACCGAGCAGCAGCUCGUACUACCACCACCAGCAGGUCUACCAGGACAUCAAGCCCUGCGUCAUGUGAUGCCUCCGCGGGACAACCUGCAGCCCAGAGGGACGGUGUCACAGACCUGAGCCACGCAGCAGGACGAACUGAAACCAGAACAGACGAGUAAAAUAACCACUGAGAGACACGAAGGAGCGCGCUCACUGCUUCAAGUAGCUUGGACUACUUUUUCUGUACUGUUUCACACAGCGACACGGAGACAGGCCAAUAUCAAAGCAACCACAUAAUAAUAAUAUAUAAUAAUAAAAAAAAGAAACUUUUUCAUGCCGUCAACAUCGACCAGCGGGGUAAAGACUGGCUGUAUGAAACCCUGCUGCUGUUUGGUACUUAGUCCUGCAGAGCGGAUGACUACCACUUCACACUUUUCUUUAUUCUUCUUGUUAAAGUAGGCCAAUGUAAAAAUGCACACGUCCAAUGUUCUCCGAUUUGAGUUUUCUCUUCUUUGACAAAUUAGACUGAUGUUCUUUUUUUCUUUUUCUUUUUUGGACUUUCAUUCCAGCGUUGAAUUUUGAGAUGAUGGACAUCACAUAUACAUGUCCAUAUAUACUGUGUAAAAACGAUGAAGGCACUUUUUGAAUAGCCUAUAAGCGCAUCUUUUUAUUUAUUCUGUAGGCCUACAUAUUUUAAUUUUAGGCGAAUUGGCCAUGGAGGUAUAUUCUUUAUUGGCAAUAUUUGUCAGAACGCUUGUUAUUUGUUUUAAAAUGAAAAUUGAGGAUAUAUUGUAAGCACUGUUAUGUCGUUUGUGUUAGAUAUAUGUAGACCAUUACUUUCAGCACUGUAUACUUAUAUAAUGUUAGGAGAAUUAGCAUCAAUCAUCAUCAAUGAGGGCUAAUCAUUAGGCUAUAUUACAACAAAUCAUUUGUAAGAAAUAAAAUAUAUCUGUUGGGCUUUUUAGCCUAAACCCACAAAAAAUGACAUUUUGAUUUUAUCAUACACCCAUAAUUCAAUGCAAUUUUGGGGAACACUGCAAACAAACAUCCCACCAAAACUGAUCACUAUUUGCCUAAAAUUAGCAAUUUUUUUUCCACCCGAAUGAGUACAAUAUUUAUAAUUCCAACUCAAAUGUAUAGGCUUGGAAUUAAUUUAUCAAACAAAAGAGGGUGGGUAAACUGAUUUCAAGUGGUUUUUAUCUAAAUAGUUGGUGAUACUAAAGGCAGAAAAUUAAAAAUAUAUGCAUAAACUGGAGUACAACAGAAAGCUGACACAGGAAUAUCACAGGGGCAGCUUGUUAUAAUGCAGUUCAUGAUAAAGGCCUCAAAAUUGAACUUGCAGUCUGUUUUCACAUGGCAGGAGCCUGUUAUUGUAAGCUGACACUAAAUGAACAAAUUUAUUUUCCACAGUACAAUGAUUAAUGUUUGAUAGAUUUUAAAUAAAUGGUUUUAAAAGUCA